CCGGUGGGUCCUUGCAGCAAACUUGAAGCGGUUCAUCAGCUACGUGGAAAUGCUUCAUUAAAGAUGAAGCCCAUUCUACCGUGACAUGUCGGUCCUGAAAUACAACAAAUGCCCACAUCCUCUCAGUGGCAAUGGACAACUUCAAGAGAGAAAUGGAGACAACAACAGCUUUCAACAGCUUUACAAGCAAAGAGUAUGAACAGACUUCGGAAUAAAUAUAGCCCAUGACCUGAACCAUGAGUGAACCAGGCUGUGGUUACAGUACAGACAAUCUGCUUGUUUCUCAUCAGCUGUUGCGUUGACGGUGUAACGUCACUUCUUCCUGUAUUACUAUAUUGUGUUCAGCCCCGCUGUAUCUCGGUCAAAGUUACAAGGGGAAGGCUUUAAAAGAGGGGGGUCAUUUUGUCCAGCGUCACUAUUACCAGUAGUAUCGAAGUCCACUCCGAGGCGACCAUGAAGUCAAAUGAAAAGCAAACUCUUUUCUUUUUAGUGACUUUUUGUGUUUUAUUUCUGGGUCUCGGUGCAGACCCACAAGCACCUGAGGUCCACACAAAGCUCGGGAGCCUAAGAGGUGAGUAUGUGAGUGUAAAGGGGAAGGAGACUGGAGUCCAUGCUUUCCUGGGAGUGCCAUUUGCAAAGCCACCCGUUGGCGCUUCCCUGCGACUGGCCGCACCUCAGCCUGUAGAAGCAUGGGAGGGAGUAAGAAAAGCCACCCAACAACCGCCCAUGUGCGUUCAGUAUAGAAAACUUAUGGUGGAUCUGCUUGGUAAACUGGAGUUGUUGGUGGAUGACCUACCAGACAUUUCAGAAGACUGUCUCUACCUCAACAUCUACACGCCUGCAAAUAGAGCGCAUGAUGCCAAACUCCCAGUCAUGGUGUGGAUCCAUGGUGGGGGCUUCAUUUUGGGCUCAGCUUCUGUGUAUGAUGGCUCUGCCCUGGCUGCUUACCAGGAUGUGGUUGUGGUUCUGGUCCAGUAUCGCUUGGGACUUCUGGGUUUUCUCAGCACUGCAGAUGAACACAUGCCAGGGAACUUUGGCCUGUUGGACCAGGUAGAAGCUCUGAGGUGGGUCCAGCAGCACAUUCACAACUUUGGAGGAGACCCAGAUUUAGUUACCAUAUUUGGAGAGUCUGCUGGUGGAGUGAGCGUGUCCCUCUUGCUUCUCUCUCCAUUGUCCAAUGGCCUGUUCCACCAUGCCAUUGCAGAGAGUGGCACAGCUUCAAUGGACAUACUUAUAGAUGGAAAUCCUCUUCCGGCAACGCAGAUGGUCGCAAAUUCAUCUGACUGUAGCCUCGAGAGCACAAAGAGCAUUGCUGAUUGCAUGAAAAACCUUGAUAUUGAAACUAUAGUUGCAGUUGGGCAGGAUGAAAGAGCGAGAUUUCCCAUAACUGUUGAUGGACACUUCCUGAAAAAACCUGUGGCCGAGUUGUUCAGUAAACACGAACUCCUCACUGUACCAUUCAUGACUGGCGUCAAUAGUGAUGAAGGAGGGUGGCUACUUGCUAAUGCCUUUGGUCCUCCAAACUGGACAGAAGGAGUAGAUCGGGAACAUGUUACAAACAUGUUGUCAAUAUUCUACCCUGAUCCUAAAGAUGCCAUCAUGAGGAACAUUGUAGUAGACGAGUAUGUUGGAAAUGGUGACGAUCGUGUGAAAAAUAGAGAGGGGCUUACGGAGUUACUUGGAGAUCUGUUAUUUAACAUUCCAGCCGUUAAAGCGGCUAAUGCACACAGAGAUGCAGGUGCGGCUGUAUACCUGUACCACUAUAAGUAUCCUCCCAAAAUACUGCAGAAGAAAAGGCCCAGCUUUGUUGGGAGUGACCAUGCAGACGAAAUCUUGGCGGUGUUGGGAUUUUGCUUCACGACUACCCAUGUCAAAUUGCCUGAGCCAUGCCUUGAAGAAGAGGAACAGUUUAGCAGAGCCCUGAUGAGCUACUGGGGAAAUUUUGCUCGCAAAGGAUCUCCUAAUGGGAACGGACUAGUCCAUUGGCCAAAGUAUGGGGCAGAAGAGAAGUACCUGGAAAUCGAUUUAAAGGCGCAAGUUGUUGGUCAGGACCUGAGGAAGGAGAAGUUUGUCUUUCUGACUCAGACAGUCCCAGAGAAGACAAAACAGUUAAAGGAGGAUGUGGAUCACUCCGAGCUGUAGACCAGUCACACCCAUCACAAUUCAUUUACAGAAAGUCUAAAAAAAUGUGUUUUUUAGACACAUUAGAUAUAAGAUGUUAAACAAAAAAACAAUGAUGAUUUGCAUGACACUAAGUCUUUAUUAAUCACAGGUUUUCUGAAAUGGACAAUGGUUAAAAAUGCACCAAUUACAGUAUUUUGCAUACUUCAGGGGGAAAAUGGUAAAAAGAAAAUAAACUGACAAAAAAAAUGAGUUGAUGAUUUUCAUUUCAUCACAGGUUUUCUGAAAGUUAAUGUUUAAGAAUGAAAAUGGUUGAAUAUGCACCAGUUGGCACAUUAUCUUUCUGGUGAAGAAAACAUUGGAUAAAGUUCAAAAUUCCAGUUCUGCUUUGUUUUGUGUUUUUGACAUAAAAGAUUUGGGAUA